AUUUACUUACCAAUACAAUUGUCCAUCAACAGUAGCGGGAAACUCGGCAUUGUUUCGAAGUUGAACGCAAGGUGACCAUUUAAGGUAUAUCGAUAAUUCCGCGGUCCAGUGCGGUGGAACGGGUUCCGCUAGUUUUUGUUCAAAUUGGUUAGAAAUGUGUGAUACUGGAAACCUUAUUGACCUGACCGGCUGGGAUGAGCCCCAAAAAGAAGAGACCAUAUUGGAGGAACCAGAAGCCUCAAUGGUUGUUGAGUCCAACAGUUUCAAGGGACCCUACGAUCCCUUCGAUUCCGUGGAAAAGGAAGCUUGCAUCAAGGGCAUCAAUUUGUCGACUCUACAAAAAGAGACGGAGGUAGCAAAGGCAACAGAGAAUCCGUAUCCUGAUCUCGAAAAUGAAAGUCCACCCGUUUGCAUGCAAUCGGAUGUGGUGCUCGGCGAGGGGGUACGUCCGCCCAACCGACCCACAAACAACUCGUUUCAAAAGCAAUUGCUCAAGCUGAAUGCCUCGCGAUCGGUAAUAAAUACACCUCCGCAUCAUGGCUCAAAAUCCAGGGGAGCAUCUGGAGGCGACUCUCAAUUUGAGAAAACAAUUCUGGCCGAAAAUCUGCAAAUGAUUGCCGCCGAAUCGCCGCUCAAGCUGAUAGAAGACGAGCCGCCCGCCGACAGUAACUAUCGUUCCAGUGCCAAUUUCGAGGAGGAUAUGAAAAUGCUACGCAUACCCAUACUGGACGCCAUGACGGCUAAGGAAGAAGAGCCCAAGACACCAGAGGAGGGGCACAAGGCAGAUUUCCAGACGCCCGACAAUCAACCGCAGUUCGGCCAUCAGUCAAACACACGAAAGAACGUAGGCCAUUUGUUGCAGGAGCUGAAAACUCUAGUGCAUGACAAGGUGGACAUUACGAAGAGAUAUCACUUUGACUCAGUGAUUGAGUCGCUGGAUGCAGCCCUCUUUGGUAGCACCUCCAUUCCAACAGGAGAUGUGAACCAUGCCACGCCAGUAACAACAUUGCCUCACGCGUACACUCGGCAGGGAACCUUUGACCUCGAACUGAAGGUAAGUUAUUGGAAGCAUUUGCUUAUGGCAGGGAUAAAUGCUGGAUUAUUCCCUUUGCAGGACAAGAGGACAACUUCUGUGGAUGAGCAAACACCACCCGGCACCAAAAUGCAGGAAUUUCCCGAUGCCAUGGUCUGCUCUUCGGCCACAUUCGAUGGUGACUCGCGGCCCGAACUUUAUGACAAGGAUUUCCAUCCAAUGAGUGCGCCACCAGUACCAGCACCAGCACCAGCAGCAGCAGUAGUUCCCCUAAAGCGAGAGUCAUUCAUGACCGAAUUGGUGGAUGAAUCACUAGCGCUGCAAAUCAAUGAGCUCCUGGAGCGCCACAAUCGCAGCCACAACGAACACCAUGGCGCCGAUCCACGAACAGUCAUUCUCUUGGUGAAUCCCAGCAAUGGGGGUCAGUUCCAGACCAGCUGCUUUGUACAGCCACCAGCUGCAGAUCAACAGACUGCAGCUAAAGCCAUUGUGGCCAACGACGACGAGGGCUCAAUGCGUCGACGAUCCUCGUCUCUGUCCAUACACGACAAGUCCAAGCUGCUGCCGGAAAGGAAGGCCAAUCAGUUGAUUGAAAACAUACAGAAUGUGCCACCAAAAGAGCCACGAAAUAUGUCAUCUGCAGGUGGACCGCCCCCUUUCAGACAGCGUCGCAACUCGUUUUCGAUUGUCAAUCCGCCAGUGAAGGGAGCCGAGGCGCACAAUAGGCGCACCAUUCUGGGCAGCCGCAUGAAGACACCGUCCAUUAAUGAAUCCAUGACCAAAUGCAAUGGUACCGCGAAGGCAUCUAUACCCAUUAAGCGUGUCAUACCCAUUGUAAAGCCCGUCAAUAUGGCUCCCAAUGAGGGAACGUACCUCAAUCCAGUCCAUCCACCAGAGACGCCCAUGCCAGUGAAGCCAAAGGCGGGCCAAAAGAUAUUUUGCACGAGCACACCGCUGCCACAGAUGCGCUCAAUGCAGCGUAGAUCAUUGAAGCCAGUGUCGGUGAAUGCAGUGGUCAAUGCAUCGUAUUCCACGCCAAAUAUCAGGCGGCCCAGCUUCUCAAAGAAGCCCGGUUCCGGGUAGGAAGACCAAUGUCGUAUGAAAGUGAAUUAUUCCAAUGUGAUGUUUAACCUUGAAGAUAAACCUUUCCCCUCCGCCCAUAAAAAAGGUCGGAAUGGCCGCAUCACGCAGCGUGUUCUGGCUAUCUCCCAUGUGAAGUAUUAGUUUUGUUUUGGUUUUUUCUUUUUAUGACGUCUUAAGAUAAAGGGAGCUGAUAUGUAGAAGCCCCGCCCGUUCCUCCAGCACAGUACUUAAUAAGCUUAAACAGAAAUACUCGUUCUAUUAUUACACGAAAAUACUCGAUAUAUUCUUAUCCUAAGGACACGAGAGCAAUUUACUUGAAAAUCUUUGCUCAGAUUGCGAGAAAGAGAGAGACGAAACCUGAACCCCUUAUUUUAUGUUUUAUCCAAUAAAAUCAUUUAGUUAUUCAAAAAUA